UAAUCUUUGNUUAUAUCUAUGACAAUAGUGUACGCUUUAAUAUUGGUUGCCGGAUUAAUAGGUAAUAUUUGUACUUGUGUAGUGAUAUCUCGUAAUAAGUACAUGCAUACAGCAACUAAUUAUUAUCUAUUCAGUCUUGCUAUAUCGGAUCUUCUGUUAUUGGUACUAGGAUUACCACAGGAGAUGUAUCAGAUAUGGGUGAACUAUCCUUAUAUAUUCGGAGAGGAAUUUUGCAUAUUUAGAGGACUCACUUCCGAAAUGUCUACUAAUGCUUCGAUUUUAACUAUCACAGCAUUUACUGUAGAACGUUAUAUGGCAAUAUGUCACCCUUUAAAAGCGCAUACUAUGUCAAAAUUAAAUAGAGCCAUCAAAAUUAUCAUUGCUAUCUGGUUAUGUGCAGCAGUUUGUGCUGCUCCACUUGCUGCACAACUAGGAAUUAUCUAUUCUGAAUUUAAUGAUGAGCCCAUUCUUGAAAGUGCUCGUUGUAAUAUUAAAAGGGCAUUUAGUCAUUCGUUCGAAAUAUCGACCUUUGUCUUCUUUAUCCUACCGAUGACAGUUAUUUCUGUUUUGUAUGUUCUCAUAGCACUCGAACUUCGUCGUACGUCAGUUGUUAGUCGUAUCAACUCGGAAACAUCUUCAAAUGGAGUGACAACUCCGUUGACAAGAAUUAAAUCUAGAAGGAAAAAAAUACGUUCAAAUAAUCAGUCAUCUAGAAGAGAUGUUGUCAAGUUGUUAGGUAAGUCUCAAUUUAUGAGUAUUAUUAUUUAAU